AUGAAACGAGAAAACAAGAUUUUCCAUAUUGGAGAAGCCCCAAAUGACAGAUUCUACAUGUGCAUGAGAAGUAGGAGACUGAACCUCAUAUACACACGGAGAGUCAUGUAUUCGACCAUGUUAAGCAGAUGCAGGGUUCAGUGGAGCUCGAGUAUUGCCAAGCCACGAUGUUUAUUGUGGGGCAAAAGAGGUAUAAUCACCGGACAUGGGAAAACGGGAUCUAAUGCUGUUCCCAAGACAGGCAACGUGUCCGGUGAGGAGAAGAGCAAGUCGAGUUCGGGUUCGCCUUUUGAUUCGUCCUUUUCGUUUCAGCUGUUUUUGAUUGUUGGAGCAAUGGGGGCAGGCUAUACAUUGGGGAAAACGGCAAUUGAAACUUCGCCGCCAGUCACGCUGUUUCCGAAUGGAUCGACUACAAGUUAUGAAGACUUGAAGGAGUUUGAGAAAGUGGACAAGGAAAGAUUACAAAAGCGAUACGAUAUGUUCAGACGGUGUGCGUUGAGGAUCUUGGAGAAUAAGGGUAUCGAGGUGGAUAUGAAGUACGGUAAGAAUGAGUUUUUAUUUGAGGAGAAAUACUGCAGCAAGGACGUGUCCCAGAUUAUGAAUGAGCCGGACGAGAUUGGAGACGUUUUCUUUGGGAAAGACGUGAAGGAAUUCAAAGACAAGGAGUUUGUGUGGUACCCGGAGACAACAGAGGACGUUUCUGCGAUUUUGAAAACCUGUGAUGAGUUUAAGGUUCCUGUCAACAGCAAAUCUUCUAGGGUUCCGAGUAUUGGACUCACUUUUUCGAUUGAUUUCUCCAAUUUUGACAAGAGUGACGAUAGUGACAACAAGAUUGCCCUAACUUGUAAUAUGACCAAUGAGGAAAUCAAGGCGAAACUGAAAAACACGUUUGACUUAAACAACAGACUUGAUGCACUAGACUUGUUUUUCAUUGACUGUGGCUUGAAGUUGUCGAGCAGUAACAACAAGCUGAUAAACAACAGGUUUGACUCGAAAGAUGUUGACGAAAUCGAGUGUGUUUUGCCCGAUGGUAAUAUCAUCAAUGUGCGUAAUGAUAUAAAUGAUAAGGAUAACUACAAGCUGUAUCAAUUGCUCACCACUUUUCAAGAUGAUGUUGCAAUAAUAACCAAGGCAUAUAUUGAUAAAAGUAAACGAGUGGACCAGCAUAGUGCCGCUGACGAGAAAAGUUUGAUUGUGAUUGGUGCCAACGACAUGUCUCAACUCCAGAAUCUAAUCAAGGAAAUCAAACAUAAAGUGAAUGAGGAAGUCGCCAUUGUGGACAACAACGGUUGUUUACAAAUCCUGGACCGUUUUGGGGAAUACAGAACAUUUGCAAUUGUUAAAACAGACAACACUACCCUUACGAAACUAAACAAAAAGUUCCAAAAUGGAUUGGUAGUUGCAGACGGUUGCCGGAUUGAAUCUCUUCCUGUUUCCAUGGUUGGCAAUCCCGCCCUACAAAGUGGCUAUUUGAGUGACUGUGUCACCUCUGGUGGCAAUGGUGUUCUUGUGAAGGAGAAGCUAUCUGCAACACAAGUCAAGGCCUACUACGUCACCUCUCCAGUUGCAGAGACGAAGGUUGUUGAUCCACAAUCAACUCUUCGGUCUGUCCUCCGGCGACUCAAGUUGGCCAUGGACAACGGCCGUAUUCUCAACAGCGGCUCUGCUGUUGCCACUGUCUCUACAAGUAACAUGUAG